CAAGUGUUCUUCAAACAAUGCUGAAAAUAUGUUCUCAAAGUAUUCUGCUUAAAAGUGAUGUCGAAAACAGUUGUGGAAAUUGUUUUUAUUGUUUGGUUAAAAAAAGGAUGCCGUCACUGCUUUAAAAAAUGCCCAAAGUUAAUACUUCAUACACAGUAAGAAUAUUUGUAUCAUUUUACCGUGUCAACGCUAAUCACCCGAGUUGAUGCAUUCCGUACUCUCUGAUGAUUCAUGCCCAACAUAUCGGCAAUCCUCGCAAAUAAUGAGGUGGUCGUGCAAUUCGAUGUACACCUCGCAACUGAACAGAUCGUGUUCAGUUUCUUCGCAAAAUUUACAGGUUAGAAUUUUCAAAGGUGGAAUUCUCUUGCUCUUGAAAUGGGUCUUGGACAUUUUGUUGAGAUGGAAAACUUUGGACAUCAUGAAAGAUGUGAUGGUUAUGAUACAAUUUACACAGGAAGGAAAACUGUUCGUCGCAGUCGAUGGCAACAUGCAAUUGCGACGACGCAAAGCACAUGCAAAUGACACAAAAAAAGCUGAAGCAGCGACGUUUUUCUCGGCUGAUAAGAUGCAUGACGUUUACGAAAAGCAUGAAGUCACCAAUGCCGUCAAUAAGCGUUGCGAGAGUGAGCUCAAAGCUGUUACGUCCGUUUCUGCUGCUGUCGAGAAGUUCUAUGAAAGUGGAAUAGUAGGCUGUGUAUGCGGCAGACACAAUGUUCCACUUCAGUUUACGAAUAUAUUUGCUUCUGGUGAAAAGUAAUUUUAAUACUUUUUACAUGCAUGCAGUCUAUAAUCCCUAGCGUAUAAUAUGCACUUACAUGUUGAGCUUUGUAUAGGUAC